UUCGGCCCUGCAGCUUCUUGGCUCUAGUUUUGAAGAUCGUAUUGCACUUGGCAAGAAGGCGAUUCAAGGAAAGGUACAUGGUGCAAUACAUCAUGUGGUCUGCAAUAACCCCUUCAAACUUCAAGUGAUAGUGGACCAGUGGCAAGAAUUUACUUCUGUCUUAUGUCGCCCCCCACUGGAGGAAAUGACAAAUGCCUUGGACCCUUACAACAACACUUAUUUUCUCUUCAGUAAAGAUCCACAUAAACUUAGCCAAAUGCUUGAAGAACCUGUCACUGUAAACUGGAGGCAGAAACUACAGAUACAAGGAUGUCAACCAGAACUAGGGGAUGUGCUUCAAAAAAUAAGUUCCAGGCAUGGAAGCUAUAUGAAGACGACUAGUAAUGUUUUAUACAUGAGCCAUGGCAUAAGAAGUGUAAAUGAAGUGGAUAACCAGAGCAGUAGGAGGGCUAUUCACAUGCACUUCUCUGCACUAAACCCGCAUGAAGCCUACCUUGUCAAUGCAGAAUGGGGGUUUGGCGGUAAUGAACACAGCAAGAAUUACAUCAAACAAUGUAUCCAAAUGUUGCCUACCAUGUGUGCUAGGAAAGAGGCCGGAGAGAAGCCUAUUGCCUGGGUAUUAAGUGAUCAGUCUGCAGAAAUUCGCAUGGGGUAUACUGAGGCCAUCUACAGAAGCCAAGGUGUAUUCAAUAAUCUAAUUGCAAGGCUGGGCACUACAAUGAUUUCAAGUGGAGUCCCUCUCUACUGUCAUAUAGCAGCUGACAACACAAAGAGUCAGGCAGCGUGCAAAGCAGCUGGAUUCUUUCCAGUGGGCAGAUGGGAGCAAUGGUCCUUUCAGCCUUCUUAGGACUUUCUUUUAAUUUGUUGUUUGCUAUUCCAAGUCCAGACUUGGUAUUGUCAUUCAGAUGUCAGUGCUAUGAUCAGGGCAAUUUUAUAGAAAAUUUGACAGUAGGCAACAAAUAGUAGUAUACUGCCAAAAACUGCCAUGCAAUUUCAAAUAAUCUUUCCAUUCAAUGCCCACACGGUUCUUAAAUAAUACUGCCACACAGUUCAUACAUAGAUAAAUGUAAUGACCCUGGUAGUCUAGGUCAGUCAAAGAUGUGUGUUCCAGAAGUAGAAUCCCCCCAUGUAGACUUUUACGUAGAUGACUACAAUUGGCCAUACACAUUAGUCUAAAGUUGAUCAAAUGGAUGAUUUUAACCAAAACAUUAAAAAUGAACAAUUAACUUUUUAGCUGAUUGAUGACAGACCAGCAUCUUCUGAAAAGAAGCCCCUGUAUUUAAAAAUGUCAUCUGAUAACAGAUCUAUGUGAUUGUAAAUACUUUUGUGUAAAAACAAAAGGCAAAAGUAUUAUGGCAUUCCUUUAUUGGCGACCGUAACCCAAAAAUUUUGCUUCCAAACUUUCAGGGCAUAGAGGCUCCUUCGUCAGUAAGGCAGUAUUUUGGUAUGCUGCCUAAUGAAGGAGCCCCUGUGCUCUGAGGGCUAGCCAAUAAAGGUAUCACUGCUAUAAUACUAUUGUGUUUUUUUUAUAGCACAAAACUAUUUAAAGAGGACCUUUCAUUGGUCCUGACAUUACAAUAUUCGUACCUGGCAGUGUAGGGCAUGAUGAGUAGAUGUCAGUGCGUUUUUUUUAGUUUUUUUUUAUAGAUGCGCUGCUCCAUUCCCCUGCUGUGCCCCCGGUCAUUUUUGCUGCCCUUUAUGAUAAUUAAUAGCAUCGGUACAGGGAGGAGGAGACGGCCGUGAUUCUCAAAGAGCAUCUCCUUCUUCCUGAAGGUGAUCUUUUUUUUCUCCCUGGUUGUGAUGCCCCUUGAGAAACACGGCUGUUUCCUCCUCCUAUAAUUAUCAUAAAGGGCAGCAAAAAUGAACGGGGGGCACAGCAGGGGACUGGAGCUGCACAUCUGGAAAAAAAAGCGCACUGACUUCUACGCAUCAUGCCCUGUACUGCCAGGUACUAAUAUCAUAACAUCAGGGCUAGUGGAAGGUCCUCUUUAACAUCACAUAGAUUUUUCUGGCUAACACGGUAACAUGCUAUUUUGGCUAUAUGUCUGAUAACAGACAAAUGAUCUUUCUUUGAAAGAAUGUUCCCAGAAAGAUCUUUUGGCCCUCACACAGUUUCAUGAACAUGUAUGGCCACUAUGAACGACUGUUAUGGUCAAUUUUGGCUAAAAUAUGUAUGGCCAUGUCUGCGGAAAGAUCGUUCACCUGAUGAUUGUUUGUUCAAUCGUCCAACUUUCUACUUCUAUCCAAUGUGUAUGGCCACCUUAAUCUAAUAAAUGGGUUGUUAUUUUUA